AUGGAGAGCACAUCUGAAUUUUUCUUCAUAGACAAUUUUUUAAACAACACUUGGAAAAACCAGUCUGACCAUGAAGAAAGAGUGUAUACCAACUCAACCGGCUCUGUCCAGCAUCAAAUAAACAGUGUGCUCCUGGGUCUAUUGCUUGGCACAGUGUCACUGUGCACUGUGAUCAUGAACAUCCUGGUACUUUAUGCUGUGAAGAAGGAACGGACUUUGCACACAGUGGGAAACCUCUACAUCGUUAGCCUCUCUGUGGCAGACCUGAUUGUCGGGGCUACUGUGAUGCCGCUAAACUUGGUCUACUUGCUGGAGGAUGAAUGGAAUCUUGGGCACAUAGUUUGUCAGUUUUGGCUGGUGAUGGAUUACGUUGCCAGUACAGCCUCUAUUUUUAGCCUGUUUAUUCUGUGUUUGGAUCGGUACCAUUCCGUGCGCCAGCCGCUUAGGUACCUAAAAUACCGGACCAGGGGCAGGGCAAGUAUGAUGAUCUCAGGCGCCUGGCUUCUGUCCAUGACUUGGAUCAUCCCCAUUCUGGGCUGGCGGACCUUCUCUGAAGCUGACCCAAAACCAGAAACAGAAAAUAAAUGUGACACAGAUUUUCGAUUUGUCACAUGGUUCAAAGUUCUGACAGCAGUCCUGAACUUCUAUGUCCCCUCAUUGUUAAUGCUCUGGUUUUACACACAGAUUUACUUGGCUGUGAGGCGCCAUUACCGCCAGAGGGACAACAUCAACAAAGCCAUCCGUUUCUCUGACAAAAAUGGAAAGACCAACACCACAAGGGAACACAGUGCCCUACCAGCUUAUUCCAAUGCUGAGGGUUCCUUUGAUCAGUAUAGCUUAGAACAACCGUAUUAUUCAAAGCAAACUAUUGAAGAACAAAUUCAUGAAAACUGGGAGAAAAAAAAGUCAAAUCAGUGUUGCUACCAGGCAGCCUUAUUCACUGUUCCAAAAUGCAAGAAAACACCAGCAGAACCCUCUGAAGACUGCUCUCCUUCUUGUCCAGAAGAUGAUCCAGAUCCAGAGACCCCUUUGAAGCUGUCAUCUCUACCCAUUGGCAUCCUGCAGUCAGAAAAUGACAACGUCCCAACAAUGCUUGUGUCACUGAAUGACUGCAACCUGCCAGUGCCAAAUUCCAUAGCCGGCAUGUGUGAGAUAACCAACUUAUCUGAUGUGCAGAAAUAUGCAACGGUUAUUUGCACCAGUGACUUUUCCCAUGCGGUGGCCUCGCCUUGGUCUGAAGGGCCUGACCCAAAGCUUGACUCAACCAGCGUGCUUACUCUGAAGCAGUCCUGGCAGAAGUUCUGCACGCAGUCAAAGCAGUGUGUCCAGAGCCUGCGCAUGCGGAAAGAGCGGAAAGCCGCCAAGCAGCUGGGCUUCAUCAUCGCAGCCUUCAUGGUCUGCUGGAUCCCAUACUUCGUCAUCUUCAUGGUGAUGGCCUUCUGCAAGACCUGCAUCCACCACGACCUUCACAUGUUUACCAUCUGGCUUGGCUACUUCAACUCCACACUGAACCCUUUCAUCUACCCACUCUGCAAUGACAAUUUCAAACGGAUUUUCAAACGCAUACUCCACAUUCACUUGUGA